GUACCUACGUACGUCAUUAGUGUGAGUGAUUGUUUAUUAGUCUGAUUAGCAAGCUUCGUGUCUUAGUCAGUCUUACUCUACAUCGCGUGACCGUCGGUCGUUAUCAUUGAUCACCACAUAUUGGCGACGAGAGGGAUUACGCAUUUUUUCGCAUUAUUUUUGUGGAUAUUAUUGUUAUAGAAGCAGAAACAAAACCGCCGUAAAAAUGCAGGGAGGAAAUGAACAGAACGAACUUCUGUUUAUACAAGCACCACAGGCGUUCAAUCCAGCUCUAUACAAUUUUCCGCAAUUUAAAUUUAAACACCUGCCUUCCUCGGAAGUACGCGGCGUAUGGAAUGGGUGGAUUCGCGGUUUCGAGCGCGUCAUGAAGGCUUCUAGUAUUACGGAUGGAUCGAUGCGGAAAAUUCAGAUGUUAGCAAUGGGCGGAUUAGAGUUACAGUCCGUUUUCGAUUCAAUCCCUGGAGCCGAUAACGAGUCAGAGCAAAGCCCGGAUCCGUUUGCGAGUGCAAAAGCCAAAUUGGAUAAUUAUUUUGCCCCAAAACAGCACGAGAGCUUCGAAAGGUACUUGUUUUGGGCAAUGUCUCCGGAACCAGAGGAACCAAUUGAAAAAUUUUUGGAACGCAUCCAACAGAAGGCGGACAAGUGUACAUUUGGGAAUUCCAACCAGGAGAACCGACAGAUCGCAGUGGUGGACAAAAUCAUUCAGCACGCCCCAGGUGAUUUGCGCGAAAAACUUUUGGAGAGAGAGCAUCUUGCACUAGAUGAAUGCAUAAAAGUGGUCAAUUCGCAUCAAGCGAUCAAGUAUCAAGCAGCAAAGAUGAAUGGGAAAUCCCCGGUUCCGGUGUCUACCGAUGUUCAGACGAUGUAUGCAAGUGCGAGCAGAGGAAAUUUUCGACAAGCAGCUCCGUUUCCAAAGAAGGCACCGCGUUGCACUAGGUGUGGUUAUAAUCAGCAUAACGCAGGUGAAAGGUGUCCCGCUACCAAUCAAAAAUGCGUCCGCUGCCAUGGAAUCGGUCACUUCAAAGUUGUUUGUAGAAGCAAUAACUGUGAAACGAUGAAUUCCUCGCCAACAUCGGGUCAUUUUAAACGACAAUAUCCAUUCAAUUCCCGUAACACGACCGUCUUCAAGAAACCCAGGAGUGUGAUGCACAUUGAAACGCCGAAUGACACAGAAAGAAAUAACGUGGAAUCAGACGAAGAAGAUCUACCAGUAUACAACGUUGGUAAUAUGGACGACGAGCUUAUUCAAUGCAGAGUUGGAGGUGUAAACAUAGAAAUGUUGAUCGACUCAGGUUCGAAGUAUAAUUUGAUCGAUGACGCGACCUGGUCAACAAUGAGUAUGUGCAACGUCGAAGCAAACAACCUCCGACAGCAACCUCUUCUGGGCAAAAUAACUGCCCAACAGCUUGGAGUUCUUCGUAUUGGAUUGGGAUCAGCGAACGUCAAUCACGUGGGCGUAGCUAAACAGCGUUUUCCGUGUAUUCCCGACAUUGAGCUUACACUUCCUAUUGAUCGCAGCAUUCCACCAGUAAUACAACCACUCCGAAGGUGCCCGGUACCAUUGUUAGAUAAAGUGAAAGCCAAAUUGGAUGAACUUUUGACGCAGGACAUCAUAGAACGGGUGGAGAAGCCUACAUCUUGGGUGUCACCUCUUAUCCCGAUAUUGAAGGAUAAUGGAGAUUUGAGAAUGUGCAUCGACAUGCGAAGGGCCAAUCAGGCGAUUCAUCGGUUGAAUCAUCCACUCCCAAUAUUUGAAGAAAUGCUACCACGAAUUCGCAACGCCCGAUUUUUUUCACUUUUGGACAUGAAGGAAUCCUACUACCACGUGAAAUUAACCGAAUGCUGCAGAGACGUCACCACUUUUAUAACCAACUGGGGGUUAUACCGGUUCAAGAGGCUUUUCUUUGGCGUUAAUUGUGCUCCAGAGCUAUUUCAAAGCUUAAUGGAAAGUCUGUUGGCAACUCGUCCAAAUCUGAUCGGGUUUAUCGAUGAUUUUAUUGUGUUUGGUGAGACGGAGGAGGCACACGAUAAUGCAUUAAGGGCCGUUAUUCAGAGGUUCAAUGAACUCGGCGUUCAAUUGAACCACCAGAAAUGCAAAUUCAAACAACCUGAAGUCGUAUUCUUAGGACAUCGACUUUCAGAGAAAGGAGUUCUGCCAUCAGAUGAUAAGGUUCGCUCUGUUUUGGAAUGCCGACCUCCGAAGACAAAAGAAGAGCUACGGAGCUUCCUAGGUCUGGUGACAUUUGUAUCUCGCUUCCUACCUGAUUUGGCGACAGCUAAUCACCCAUUACGUGAACUUGUCAAACAAUCCACCAAUUACGUUUGGAACCAUGAACAUCAGAAAGCUUUUGAUUUGAUUAAACAACGGGUUGGCAGUCUAGACUAUUUGGGAUACUACGAUCCGUCUGAUCGAACCCUAGUUGUAACCGACGCAUCCGGCGUGGGCCUUGGAGCAGUCCUUAUUCAAUUUAAGAAUAACGAACCAAGAGUUAUUAGUUAUGGCUCGAAAAGCCUUUCAGAACCGGAGAUGAAAUGCCCUCCGAUUGAGAAAGAGGCUCUAGCUAUUACGAAGAACUAA